AUGGGCGGCGAUAGUCACUUAACAUCAGGUGUGGCAGCGGGUGUUCAACUGUUGAAGACAAACCUGUUCAUCAUGUCAGCGGGAGAGAACGCAUAUGCAGAUGAAAAAUCCACCGUCAUGGAGCGGGCCAUGAGAAAAUCUGCUGCUGAGGUCCAACAUUUCAACACAAAGGAAGCUGUAGCUUUUCUGAAUAUUAUAUUCUACGGACAGCCGAUAACAGCCGGGUAUCGAGCCAAAUGCGCAGCAGUCCUGUGGCAUGGACUUAACGAGGAGGGGAUUAACGAUGUUCACAGGAGGCUUGAGAUAAUAACACAUGUCGUGGAGGAACAUAUCCAGCAAAAACUAGAGAAAGAGCCGAGAUGGACAUAUGACAUAUUAUACACUACAACUACAGGUCAACCGCUUCAACAACGCUAUAGCGGGGAGAAUAGAGAGAAGAAAUCCAUGGUGGUUCUGGGUUACCGAUGUGGUAGAGAUCAACCCAGGGAUGACUUAUGA